CUCCUUGCUUGAAAGAGCCUUUCCGUAUAAACCGAAAACUUAACUUCAAAGAAAUUUCAAUUCGCCCAGUUACCUAUUAGCUACGCUACCAGGCCGAUAAGAGGAAAAAUAUCUACAAUUCUCUUCACACCCACUAAACAUAGUGAUCGCAUUCUUGUGCGGAAAUGUCUGCUGUCAAGGGGACGGUCCUGGUCACCGGUGCCAACGGCGGCCUUGGGAGCGCUAUUAGCGACCAGCUUGUUUCGCAGCCCAAGUUUGCUAACUAUCAUGGCCUCUAUACAGUUCGCGAUGCAAAAUCAGCACCUUCUCUCAUGUCAAUACUGUCCAAAAACCCAUCGCAUUCUCACAAUGUUAUUUCCCUUGAUCUAGCGAAUCUCGACAGCGUUCGUAAGGCGGUUGAUGAUAUCAACGCCCGCGUUGAAGCAAAAGCUAUCCCUCCAAUCCAAACGCUCAUUCUCAAUGCUGGCUUCCAGGAUUUCGGCAAGCCGAUGUGGACUGAUGACGGCUUCGACAUGACAUUCAGUGCAAACUACCUUGGCCACUGGCUGUUGACGCUGCUGUUACUGAAGAGUAUGAACAAAGACACAGGGCGCAUAGUCGUUGUUGGAAGCCAGUCCCACGAUCCAUACGACAAACGAAAUGAAGGUACCCAGGCCUUCGACGGGGAUUACAAGACUUUCGUACACGAUGAGGCUAGCUUCGAGGCAAUAGCUAAGGGCACCUGGAGUUCUGCUCAAGAGGAUCCGUCUUGGCGCAGCGGAUAUCGUCGCUACGGUGCAGCUAAACUAUUCUCCAUCAUGAUGAUCCAUGAGCUCCAGCGCCGCAUGGAUCGCGAUCCGGUACUAAACAAGGUCAGUAUCUUAGGCGUCGACCCGGGCACCAUGACAACCGGUCUCCAGCGCCAUGCAAACUGGAUCAUUCGUGUCUUGAUGUUUAAGAUCAUCUAUCCCAUCAUCGCAAUUUUCAUGCCAAACGGCCUAGUAAGAAGCACAGCAAAAUCUGCAUCGCAAGUUCUCGAGGCCGCGUUUGAAUCAAACCCCACCUAUGGCGAGUUUCCCAAGGACUCAUACUACUUUGAUACAAAGCCUUUUGAGACCAGUACCGAAUCCAAAGAUCUACGAAAGCGAGACUUAGUCUGGAAAGAGAGUGUGAAAUAUGCGCACUUAGAACCAGGUGAAACGAUCCUAGCUGAUUGGCAGUAAGUCGGAGACUGGCAGAGUAUUAUGAGGUUUUCUCGUAUCUUGUUAUUACCUACCUAGUUAGUACGCUCUCUGGAAAAUUCAGAUGGAGAUCAUUUCAAGUGCCAAAAGCCAUCGCACCAGCGCAGCUAACGAUUCAGUACUAGAGAAGUACGUAUACUAACCGUUACUUAGGUAGGGGGUAGGUAAAAUGCAGUGUUGAGUGGCACAAAAUGGUCACGAAAAGAUACGUACAUAUUUUACCGACCAAUCAAUUAAGGAGUGUAGCAAUAUCUAAGACAUGAAUGCAUUUACAUAAAUAAUCCCCGGCACCCCGAUCUUACAAGACAAGGCGUGUCUUUAUCAGAUAAAUGUACCUUUUUUUUUCUUUUUGAUAGCCAGGUUCCUACAUUACAAACCCACCGGUCUCAUCAUAUUUAAUACAAAAUCCUUCCGCAAUUAUUGACCUCUUCUCAAUCAGAGCGCAGUAUCAGAA